AUGGGCGAUGACAGAGAGGACGAAGGGAAGAGGAGGAGGAUUGAGAAGCAGGACAGAGUGAAGUACAGAAGUACUAGGACGAAGAGGAAAGACUGGACACAAGAGGAUGAAGAAGAAGAGGACGAUGAGAGACAAGAAAAUCUGGGCACCUCCACCAACACCCCCUACUAUCCAGGGGCAGUUCCCACCAACAACCCCUACUAUCCAGGGGCACCUCCCACCAACACCCUCUACUAUCCAGGGGCACCUCCCACCAAACAACCCUUACUAUUCCAGGGGGCACCUCCCACUAACACCCCCUUCUAUCCAGGGGCACCUCCCACUAACACCCCCUUCUAUCCAGGGGCACCUCCCACUAACACCCCCUUCUAUCCAGGGGCACCUCCCACUAACACCCCCUUCUAUCCAGGGGCACCUCCCACUAACACCCCCUUCUAUCCAGGGGCACCUCCCACCAACAACCCCUACUAUCCAGGGGCACCUCCCACUAACACCCCCUUCUAUCCAGGGGCACCUCCCACUAACACCCCCUUCUAUCCAGGGGCACCUCCCACCAACCCCACCAGCUUAGCAUCAUUACACAAGUGUUUGCAUCAACAACCAUUUAUGACUACCAAUCCAAGCAUGACAAACUCGGCCAAAUUUAACCACUAA